AAUAAAACGAGUUCACAGUUCAUGAAAAUAAGACAUUUUGUAAAUUUGUUGUAACUGUGGUGUGGUGAACGGCGACCGAGUUGCUAUGGACAUGGAGGUGGAGACUCGCGACUUCUCCAUUGAGAAGAUCAUCAGCGAUAUUGAUAAAGAUCUCAGCUGUAACGGUGAGAACGUUGAUCAGGUUGUUGUUUACAAGAACACGGAGAGUGAGAACGGCGACCCAGUCAUGGUGAUGCAGCUGCACGAAGACGGCGACUCUGAUGCGGACGAUGCAGGUGGUAAGAAAACAACUGAAGAAGAAGUCACGAUGAACAGAAACGCCGCCGCCAUCGUCGAAGAAGAAAAAGAAGAAACCGAGAUGGAUGUACGACCUUCACAAACUGGAGACGGACACCAAGAAACCGAGAUGAAAGCUAACAGUGGGAAGGAAACGAGUAAAAUGUCUACGCAGAAAGGAAGAAGUCAGAGCCAGGAGAAAACGGUAAUCGAAGUAGAUGAUGAUGAGGAGAAGGACGAUGAGGAGAAGGACGAUGAUGUAGAUCGGCUGACUGAUUAUACGGAGACAGAGAAAUCUAAAAUAGAUGGUAAAGAGGACUCGGAAGAUGUGGAAGAAAAUGAUGUCGAGAAAAACGGUGCUGACGAUGUUGUUUCUGUUUCUGAAAAGGGAAGUGAAUCAUCGGGGCAAGAACCGACUCGUGGCGGGCACGGUAAAUCAAUGAGUGCCCUGCAGACGGUUUCGGUUCUCAUAAAAAAGUUGGACUACUUCAGCAUGUCGAAGACUGGAAUCAACGUCAACGACGUACUCGAGGCAACGGGGGGCAUGGGUGCUCGUAGAAUUGUUCACACAGAUUCAGACUACAAGAGGAAGGUUUCCGAUAGCAAGAAGGAUCCUGGUCCAGCCGAACGUGAAGAGAACGUUGGCCAAAAUUUACAUCAGGUUCGUAGAAAAGAUACAGGCAUGUCGAAUACAAAGCCAAAGGUGUCGGAUGGUGUGAAAGUCGGGACAAAGAAAUCCAAGACGAAGUGUCUAACGUGUUUUCUUUACAUCCAUAACGAUGUCUAUAAAGAGCACAUUGAUGAGCACACACGGGAGAUCAUGGCGCUUAGGCCGUCGAAGAGAGGUCGGCAUGGCAACGAGCACAAUUCCGACUUGGAGGAUGUUCAGCAGACGCCCAAAGAUGAUCUCGGUAAAGGCGAGUCUUCGGGAAAAUUGAAAGAAAAGAACAAUGGACGACGUUUUUCCAAAUCAUCCACUAAUGAUGACAAACAUGAGAAAGGUUCUUCAAAGAAACCGGUCAGAAGCAAGGCCAAGGAUUCUACAAAUGUCGAGGAUACUCCUGCAAAAGAUUUGUUCAUUUGUGAUAAAUGCGGAACAUCGUGUUCUUCAUCUCGCGAUUUGAGGCAUCAUAAGAUGGACCAUGAAGCAGGAGGAGGAGAUGAAAAAGAAGAAGAAGAAGAAGAAGAGGGCUGUUUGAUAGUGGAGGAAAGCAGUGACACAGAAGAAAGGCAGGAUGCAGAUCGGGAGAAGACUAGAUUGUGGUGUGACCAGUGUCGGAGGACAUUCUCGACACAGAGUAAUUUUAACAUACAUAUGGAGAAAGUUCACACAGUCGAUAAAGACUCAUUGGCAGUGUCUUCCGGAGACAGAAAACGCAAAGCAUCUGAGAACCUCGGUUCUGGAAUACCCUCGAAGAGGGACAAGAGCGGUGUCGUAUCCUCAUCAUCAUCACGGCAACAGACUCCGACAUCCAAGAAGAACGCAGUCGGUGCCACAACAGAUCUGUUGAGAAGAACGUCGAGGAAUAGUCCACUGUCUCCGGAAUCACUUGUCAUUUUGCCUUUCGUCGAUUUGAGUUUGUCGAAAACUAGCACCAUAAGUUCGAGCUGUUCGGCCGUGUCGGGAAAUCCAAGGCCUGGCACGUCCGGUACGUUUGUGUCGCCAGGGUCUAGUUUUUCUGGGUACGUCAAUUUUUCUUCCCUCGGUAAGCCGAGAGAAGUGAGGAGGGAGACGGUGCGAAAAUACAGCAAACAAGGAGAGUUUGGCGAAGAGGAAAUUAUUGAAACUGUUACUGAAAUAUGGUAGAUUAAGACUAGCUCUUGGUGAGACGAACAUUUUAUCAAAUUGUGUCAAAAUAAUUGUCGAAAAAUUUAAGAAUCCCAGUUGAUUUUUCAACAUUUUAUCAGUUUAUUUAUGAAAUAUGGUAGCUUUUGGUGAGAUGAAAAUUUUAUCAAAUUGUCUAAACAUUUAAGAAUCCCAGUUAAUUUUCCAUCAUUUCAUCAGUUUAUUUAUGAAAUAUGAUAGCUUUUGGUGAGAUGAAAAUUUUAUCAAAUUGUCUAUAAAAAAAAAUUGUCUAAAAGUUUAAGAAUCCCAGUUAAUUUUCCAACAUUUUAUCAGUUUAUUUAUGAAAUAUGGUAGAUCAAGACUAGCUCUUGGUGAGACGAAAAUUUUAUCAAAUUGUCUAAAAAAAAAUCCCAAAGCAUCAGUUUAUUUAUGAAAUUAGUUCGCCAAAUUAAAAUAUAAUUUUCGUAGCUAUUUCUAAACAUUUGCAGUUGAGUAGUGCUUACUAACCAGUGUUUCUGCUAGAAAUAAAUUUUUGGGUAUGGCGCUAUGGAAUUGAAUGCAACCAAAGUCAACAAGGGAGUAUAGGAGGCCUCCCCCAGAAAGAAAAUGGGUUAAAUUUAGAGUUGGGGUUUAGAAAAUCAUGCAGUAAUGAUAAGAGAAAUUAAUUUUGUCAAAAGAUUAACUUUAAAAAAAAAAAAAUGCAAAUGUUUUUGGGUAUGGCACCAUACCCAUUUUACCCUCUGGCAGAAACCCUACUAACAUACCAGGCGAAACAUACUAAAACUUGAAAACCUGCUCAAAAUGUUUGCAUAACCUGUUUUGGUUUGUAUAUAGGUAUUAAUUUUCUGAUGGUGGAUAUGGUGUCAACUUUAACUGAGAGUGAGUGAGUGAGUUGAAGUUUCAUGUUUAAUUUCUCAUAAGUCCUACAUGAAUGAAACUUGAUUUAUAGUUACAUAUAUGUUAAUAUCAAUGAAUGUUAAACAAAAUGUUUGAAAUUUAUUACAUUCAAAUUUUAAUUAGUUUUUUUUUUUUUUUGAAUUUAAAGAGACAGACCCUAGUUUUUAAACAAUACGGCAUAUUUUUCACAACUGGGAGCCUAGUUUCAACCUGUAAACAUGGACACUAAUUUUGGUUCAUUUACAAACGUGUAACAAAUUUGGAUACAACAGAGUGAAACGAGAGUGUGACAUUGAAAUACCUUAAAAAUAGACCAAAACGCGACUCCAUAACUGUUACUUCUCAGACACAUGUGCAUUUUUUAAAUGACCGGAAACACUUCGGAUGUAUGGAAAUGGAUAAUCUAAACAAUAAAAUCUAAGUAAAGUUAUAUUACAGUGAUAAUAAACGGCUCUAACCGUGAGAAAUAUGCCAUAGUGUUUAAAAACUAGGGUCCAUCCCUUUAAGGUGUGUUUUAAAGUUAAAAUUUAUUUUUUAUUUUUUAAACAUGCAAAAUGUUUUUUGUAAAUAAUUUCAGUUUGGUUUAACAUAAAAAGAAAAGUAAAAGUGUUUUGGAAAUGACAAAAAAAAAAAGCAAACUAUUUUUUGUGUAAUUUACAAAUCAGUUGGCAAAAUCAAAUACGUUUAUGAUGGACAAAAUAUUUAAUUUCUGUUUAUUAUUAUAAUUGUAAUUAAUGUAAAAAAAAAUUGCUAGCACUUGAUUAUACAGUACAUUUCCCCCAAGUGGUGAACUGGAUGUGCCAAAUACAUAGAUGUGUAAUUGGAAAAAAGAAGAAAAAUGUUUGUUUUAUUUAACGACGUCACUAGAUCACAUUGAUUUUUUAUCUUAUCAUCGGCUAUUGGAUGUCAAACAUAUGGUCAUUCUGACA